AUGGGAGGUUCACAGUCGCCUUCACCGUAUAGGUCUGAAGUAGAAGAGAUAAUUCACAGUCAUAAAUGCGUUAUGUUUAGUACUACAUAUUGUCCUUAUUGUAAAAGAGCCAAAUCCUUAUUAGAAAAGAUGAGAGUAACCCCACAUAUACUUGAACUGAAUAAUCAUCCUAAAGGCAAUGAAUAUUGGCAAGCGUUAAAAGAGAUUACAAAUCAAGAAACAGUGCCUAAUAUUUUUAUAGGAGGAGUGCACAUAGGAGGAUAUUCAGAGCUACUGCAAGGUGUUAGACAAGGCACAGUUCAAAAGCAUUUUAUGAGAAUUGGCUUAGAUUAUUACGAUAUAGGCCGUAUUAGAUUAACUUUGCCAGUUAUGUUCAUAAUAAGAAUCUUUAUUGCCUAUAAAACAGAUAUCAGUUUUUAUAUAGAAACUGGAAUUUAUUUUUUGCGAAAAUAAUUAAUGAGCUCUAA